UGGGAGGCGACGCGCAUGUGCGGCUUCGCGGAUUGGCCGCGCGCGGGAGCCGUCGUGCCGGUGGCGGGUCCCGGCGGCGGGAGGAGCGGCCGCGGAGCUGGCUGGCUGGCUGGCAGGCAGGCCGCGGGCGGGAGGGCGGACGGAAAGAUGGCGGCGGCGACGGGCGCGGGCUCCGGGCUGCCGGGGCCAGUGGCGCAGGGCUUGAAGGAGGCGCUGGUGGAAACGCUGACGGGGAUCCUGUCGCCGGUGCAGGAGGUGCGGGCGGCCGCCGAGGAGCAGAUUAAGGUGCUGGAGGUGACGGAGGAAUUUGGAGUUCACUUAGCAGAGCUGACUGUGGAUCCACAGGGAGCGUUAGCCAUUCGUCAGUUGGCAUCAGUCAUCUUAAAACAGUAUGUGGAAACCCACUGGUGUGCCCAGUCAGAGAAGUUCAGGCCUCCUGAAACCACAGAAAGGGCAAAAAUUGUUAUCCGGGAGCUGCUGCCCAAUGGGCUGAGGGAAUCAAUUAGCAAGGUCCGUUCCAGUGUGGCCUAUGCAGUAUCAGCCAUUGCGCAUUGGGACUGGCCAGAGGCCUGGCCCCAACUCUUUAACCUGCUGAUGGAGAUGUUGAUGAGCGGAGAUCUGAAUGCUGUUCAUGGAGCCAUGCGAGUGCUGACAGAAUUCACUCGGGAAGUAACAGAUACACAAAUGCCACUUGUUGCUCCUGUUAUUCUCCCAGAGAUGUAUAAGAUCUUCACCAUGGCAGAGGUUUAUGGUAUUCGAACCCGUUCCCGUGCUGUGGAGAUAUUUACCACUUGUGCUCAUAUGAUCUGUAACAUGGAAGAGCUGGAAAAGGGUGCAGCCAAAGUGCUGAUCUUCCCUGUGGUUCAGCAGUUUACUGAAGCCUUUGUUCAGGCUCUCCAGAUGCCAGAUGGUCCCACAUCUGACAGCGGGUUUAAGAUGGAAGUCCUAAAGGCAGUAACAGCCCUAGUGAAAAACUUCCCCAAACACAUGGUUUCCUCCAUGCAGCAGAUCCUACCAAUUGUAUGGAAUACCUUGACUGAAAGCGCAGCUUUUUAUGUGAGGACAGAAGUGAAUUAUACUGAGGAAGUAGAAGAUCCUGUGGAUUCUGAUGGUGAAGUGCUGGGAUUUGAAAAUCUUGUCUUCAGCAUUUUUGAAUUUGUACAUGCUCUACUAGAAAACAGCAAAUUCAAAAGCACUGUGAAGAAGGCAUUGCCUGAGCUGAUUUAUUACAUUAUUUUAUAUAUGCAGAUAACUGAGGAACAGAUUAAAGUGUGGACAGCCAACCCCCAGCAGUUUGUUGAAGAUGAAGACGAUGAUACUUUUUCCUAUACUGUCAGGAUUGCAGCUCAAGACCUGUUGCUGGCUGUGGCCAGUGAUUUCCAGAAUGAAAGUGCAACAGCCCUUGCUGCUGCCGCCACUCGGCAUUUACAAGAAGCUGAGCAAACCCAAACUAGUGGCACUGAGCACUGGUGGAAGAUCCAUGAAGCUUGUAUGCUGGCUCUGGGCUCUGUGAAAUCUAUCAUUACUGACAAUGUGAAAAAUGGGAGGAUCCAUUUUGAUAUGCACGGUUUCCUAACCAGUGUUGUCCUUGCAGACCUCAAUCUCUCAGUCUCUCCUUUUCUGUUGGGCCGGGCUCUCUGGGCUGCAAGCCGGUUCACUGUUGCCAUGUCCCCUGAGCUGAUCCAACAGUUCCUACAGGCAACCGUGAGUGGUCUGCAUGAGACCCAGCCCCCAUCAGUGCGUAUCUCUGCCGUCAGAGCCAUCUGGGGUUAUUGUGACCAGCUGAAGGUCUCAGAGAGCACCCACGUGUUGCGGCCCUUCCUUCCCAGUGUCCUGGAUGGCCUGAUUCACCUGGCAGCUCAGUUCAGCUCAGAAGUCCUCAAUUUGGUGAUGGAAACACUGUGCAUCGUAUGCACCGUAGACCCAGAAUUCACAGCCAGCGUGGAAAAUAAAAUCUGCCCAUUCACCAUUGCCAUUUUCCUAAAAUACAGCAAUGACCCCGUUGUUGCCUCGUUGGCUCAGGAUAUCUUCAAGGAACUGGCCCAGAUAGAGGCUUGUCAGGGCCCUAUGCAGAUGAGAUUGAUCCCGACUCUGGUCAGCAUUAUGCAGGCCCCUGCUGACAAGAUCCCUGCCGGAUUAUGUGCGACGGCCAUUGAUAUUCUGACCACUGUGGUCCGAAACACCAAGCCUCCUCUCUCCCAGCUACUCGUUUGCCAGGCAUUUCCUGCCGUCGCACAGUGCACUCUAAACACAGACGAUAAUGCGACCAUGCAGAAUGGUGGGGAGUGCCUUCGGGCCUAUGUGUCGGUGGCCUUGGAGCAGAUCGCCCAGUGGCAUGAUGAGCAGGGCCACAAUGGGCUGUGGUAUGUCAUGCAAGUGGUGAGCCAGCUCCUCGACCCCCGCACCUCUGAGUUCACUGCUGCCUUUGUGGGCCGCCUAGUCUCUACCCUCAUUUCCAAAGCAGGGAGGGAGCUGGGUGAGAAUCUGGACCAGAUCCUUCGGGCCAUCCUCAGCAAGAUGCAGCAAGCAGAAACCCUCAGUGUCAUGCAGUCUCUCAUCAUGGUCUUUGCUCACCUGGUACACACUCAGCUGGAGCCCCUCUUAGAAUUUCUGUGCAGUCUCCCAGGACCAACUGGCAAACCUGCCCUGGAGUUUGUUAUGGCUGAGUGGACAAGCCGGCAGCAUCUGUUCUAUGGACAGUAUGAAGGCAAAGUCAGCUCCGUGGCCCUAUGCAAGCUGCUCCAGCAUGGCAUCAAUACAGAUGACAAGCGACUCCAGGACAUCAGGGUAAAAGGGGAAGAGAUCUUCAACAUGGAUGAAGGCAUCCGCACUCGUUCCAAAGCAGCCAAAAACCCUGAACGCUGGACAAACAUUCCUUUGCUAGUCAAGAUCUUAAAACUGAUCAUCAAUGAGCUCUCCAAUGUCAUGGAAGCAAAUGCCUCUCGCCAAACACCUGCAGAGUGGAGUCAAGAUGACUCUAAUGAUAUGUGGGAAGACCAGGAAGAAGAGGAGGAGGAAGAUGAAGGCUUAGCUGGGCAACUCCUUUCUGACAUUCUUGCCACAAAUAAAUAUGAUGAGGAUUACUAUGAAGAUGAUGAAGAGGAUGAUCCAGAUGCCCUGAAGGACCCCCUCUAUCAGGUUGAUCUACAGGCCUACCUGACUGACUUCCUGUGCCAGUUUGCCCAGCAGCCAUGUUAUGUGAUGUUCUCAGGCCACCUUAAUGACAAUGAAAGGAGGGUGCUCCAGGCCAUUGGUAUCUAAGCUCCUGCCAGCCCAGCCACACACUCUUCUGUAGCUUUCACUGAUGUCGAGAUGUACCUUUCUCCUAUUCUGGAGCUUUCUCCCAGCCUCUGGCCCCUCCUGGGCAACACAUACUGACUGAAGCACAGACUGGGCUCACCAAAGCUGUCAUAAGAGGGAUGCUGAACUGAGGGACUUUGGGCAUUCCCUCCUGAGGACAUUCUAGCACAAGAAACCAUCCAACCCUUGACUCUGCCCCUGGCCACACAUAGGACUAUUUCUACAGCCCUUUGCCGGACAGACUUGAAACAUCAUUGGCCAGAAGAUUUGGGGCUUUCUGUGUUGAUGGAUUCUUUUUCUCUUUCUCUGGAGAAUCAAAAGACAUGGUCAUUCAUGUCCCACAAACUGACUUUCUUACUACCCUGACUUUUAUAGGACAACAGGCAUGUUCGGCUAGGAAUUCCACUUUUGUCACCAGCCCCAUACCACUGACUCAACUAGGUUCUGGUUGGAGAUGAAGAGCAAGUGGAUUCCUGGGUAUCUCCAGUGACCCUUUCUCCUCUUCCUUUUACUCCCAACCUCCAAGUCUUUCCACUAAAACUCAUCAGUUGGUAAAAACUAUCACCACAUUUUUUGCUAUACUGCAUGAAGAAACAACACCCUCAAACUGCCUUUCUUAUACAUAACGCACACAGUGAACCUGAAAGAAGGCAGUUUAGGUUUAAUUUUUAAGAAAAAUACAAAAGGAUUCUUUUUUAUGACCUAC